AUGAAACACCGAAAAGCAAGCCUAGCCCUAGAAGGAGAAGUUUCUGGAACUGGAUGCUUAAGAGGCCUAUUCCUCUCAAUUGUGGAGUCAUCCUCGAAGGGUCUGCUCACUCAAGUUACACAGUUCUGGAACAUCCUAGAUGAUAUGGCUGAAAGUAACCCUGAAAGCUAUAAGAAAUUCAUUCAACAGCAGCUGAAAGAUGGGAGACAGCUCUGUGCUGCCCCAGAACCACACCUCUGUCUACAAACCAGGAUCCUGAAACCAAAAGAAAAAAUGCUUUUUGUCAACCUAUGUCAGUGGAAAAGGAUCCCAGCUCCCCAGUCAGCCACUCAUCCAGUACCUCUAAGUGUUGGCAGACCAGAAGAUAUGUCUGAGACAUCAGAUGUUUAUACAGUCAUCGAUGUUGCCUACCAUCCUGAUGUUCUCCAGGCAGCAGAAAAAGACCAAAUGAAAAAAGAUCAACUAAUGCAGAUGGCCAUGAAAUGCAUUGAGGAACAACUCCAGUUCACUCUCUCAAACUCUUACCAUUUUACCAAAUUUAGAAUAAAAGGAAGCGUUCACAGAAUGAAACAAAAUCUGAUGGGAAUCCAAACUGAUCCCACAGAUGUAAGAGAGAAAAUGAGAAAGGAACUAACCCUUGAACAGAUAAGAAGCAGUACUGUGAGCAAUUCAGAUCAGUUUCCUCAACUUUUACUGCCAAAAGACCAAGUUUCACUUGAAACAAGGUGUCUGAUAGAAGAGAUCUCUAGUACAGAGAUUGAAGUGGAGAUGAAGACACCAGCCUGUGAAUUAAAAAUUGUGGCAGAUCAGAAUGAGAAACCUCUGAAAAUUGAAUUAAAAGUUGAACUACCUGGUAUUAUUAAUUCAGUAUCUCUCUGUGACCUUAGUGUUUCUGAGGAUGAUUUAUUGAUUGAGAUCUCUGAGAAGUACAGAUUACAUCUGAAUCUUCCAGAAUCUGUGGAUACUGAAAUGACUACAGCAAAAUUUAUCAAAGAGAAAGCUACAUUAAUUGUCACAAUGCCAUUGGUGUAA